GGCAAAAACCCGGGUUAUGAAUAUGAAAAACCCAGCCCUCGCCAUAGUAGAAUUCGUCUUUUACCGGGAAAAAGAAAGGAUUGCGGAGAGAGAGAGAGAGAGAGAGAGGGAGGGAAGCAAGAGGCCUGGAUCUCGAUCCGCCCCUCCCCCAUCUCCCGUCCUCCAGCGCUGGGAUGCUGCUGCUGCUGCUGCCAUCACCGAGAGAUGCGCGUCAAACGGGCAUCAUCAGCAUGUAGACCCACAUCUCUCCUUCACCCAUCACUCUUAGCAAUCAGCGCCAAAAAUAACAGCAACGAUGUGACCAAAACGAGCCUCCUUUACUACGUUCCCGACAGCACAACACGCCGCUUUUAACCGAUUAAUUAAUGCGGACAUGGUACAAUCUCAUCUGCAUCAUUCAGGUUUUCUUCCGCAUAAGAUGAAGUGCUCACCACCGUCUGCUGCCUCCUGCUCCCUUCAUUUGAUUUCAAUUCUGCACCGUUGCGCAUCAUCUGCAUUUGGAAUAGUGUAAAGGUCAAAUGAUGUGACUUUCGUUUUUGUGUUCUCCAUGAUGGGCAUGAUUUGAGGCUAAAUCACUGGAUAUCAUUCCGUUUUUCCUGUCUUUUUUUUUUCCGACUCAACGUCAAAUGUCCUUGGAACAUGGCCUGCGCGGUUUUGUACCAACGUUAUUCCUGUGUCACUAGAUCCCCUUUAUUGUUUAAUAAUCAGUAACACUUGCUUCAUUUGGUCUUCAUAGAGAUGGACUGGCACAAUGGCUACCACUUUAUUUGCUGACUUUUUCUUUAUGGGGGGAUAUCUCAGGGGAACCCCAGCUACCACACCAUAAAAUAGAAAACCCCAAACAAUCUCACAAUUCAUGUCUCAGUAUGGAGAACUACAUAGAGAACAUCUUAGAAAUAGGUGAGGAGGAAUAUAAGUAAGACAAAAGAGAUCACACAUUUUCCCAGGCACCCAUCUUUUAGCUCAUAGCAUCUGCUAAAAAGCUUCCAGUCUUCCACAACCAGCACACCAUCAUGGGGGAUCUGGGCAAUAGCACGGUAGACUUCCACCCUAAGAAGCCAGGGAUGGACAAAGGAGGUGAUGAUGGAGAUUUCGGGGUGACAAUAGAUGAUCUGUGCUCACUGAUGGAGCUCAGGGGACCCGAGGCCCUGCAGAAGAUCCAGGAGAACUACACAGACACAGAAACCCUCUGUCACAGACUCAAGACUUCACCUGCAGAUGGAUUAUCGGACAAUCCUGCGGACUUGGAGAAACGUAGGCAAGUGUUUGGAAUGAACUUCAUCCCUCCUAAGAAGCCCAAGACCUUCCUUCAGCUCGUGUGGGAGGCUCUACAGGAUGUUACCCUUAUAAUCCUGGAAAUAGCGGCCAUUAUUUCCCUCGGAUUGUCCUUUUACCAGCCGCCAGGGGGGGACACUGAAGCGUGUGGUGAAGUGAGUGCAGGUGCGGAGGACGAAGGAGAGGCGGAGGCGGGCUGGAUCGAGGGUGCAGCUAUCCUGCUCUCGGUGCUCUGCGUGGUGCUGGUGACAGCGUUUAAUGACUGGAGCAAAGAAAAGCAGUUCCGUGGCCUGCAGAGCCGUAUCGAGCAGGAGCAGCGCUUUGCUGUGGUGCGGAACGGCACGGUCAUUCAAAUCCCUGUGGCUGAGAUGGUGGUGGGGGAUAUUGCCCAGGUCAAAUAUGGCGACCUCCUGCCUGCGGAUGGUGUUCUCAUCCAAGGGAACGACCUCAAGAUCGAUGAGAGCUCCCUCACUGGAGAGUCUGAUCACGUACGCAAAUCCAUCGACAAGGAUCCCAUGCUGCUGUCAGGCACUCAUGUAAUGGAGGGCUCGGGGAAAAUGGUGGUGACCGCUGUUGGUGUCAACUCUCAAACGGGAAUCAUCUUCACCCUCCUGGGGGCCGGAGAGUUGGAGGAAGAGAAGAAAGACUGCAAGAAAGAGGUCAGUAGUAAUUCAUCCACGCAGUUCCCCAGUGUUGAAGCCAAAGAACACAACAUCAUAAAUGGGAAGCAAGACGGGACCCUGGAGAACAAUCAAAAUAAAGCUAAGAAACAGGAUGAGGCUGUUGCCAUGGAGAUGCAGCCUUUGAAGAGUGCAGAAGGUGGGGAAGUGGAGGAGAAAGAGAAGAAAAAAACCAGUGUGCCCAAGAAGGAGAAAUCAGUUCUUCAGGGCAAACUCACCAAGCUGGCAGUGCAAAUCGGGAAAGCAGGUCUGGUGAUGUCCGCCAUCACUGUGAUUAUCCUGAUGCUGUACUUCGUGAUCGAAACGUUUGUCAUUGAGGGACAGGUCUGGCUGACAGAAUGCACACCUAUUUAUGUGCAGUACUUUGUCAAAUUCUUCAUCAUCGGAGUUACAGUUCUGGUGGUGGCUGUGCCAGAGGGUUUGCCACUGGCUGUCACCAUAUCAUUGGCCUACUCCGUAAAGAAAAUGAUGAAGGACAAUAACCUGGUGCGUCAUUUGGAUGCAUGUGAGACUAUGGGCAAUGCCACGGCAAUCUGCUCCGAUAAAACAGGGACCCUCACCACUAACCGGAUGACAGUAGUGCAGAUUUAUAUAGGGGACCAGCUCUUCCGCGACAUCCCAAGACCAGACCAGAUUAACCCAAAGACCCUGGAGCUCAUCGCCAGUGCUAUUGCCGUGAACUGCGCCUAUACCUCCAAAAUAAUGGCUGCAGAUAAGGAAGGUGGGCUGCCCAAACAACUGGGAAAUAAGACAGAAUGUUCUCUGCUGGGACUUGUGCUGGACCUGAAGCAAGACUACCAAGCUGUGAGGGAGCAGAUCCCAGAAGAGAAGCUCUAUAAAGUCUACACCUUUAAUUCUGUCAGAAAAUCCAUGAGCACUGUCAUUCAGAUGCCUGAUGGAAGCUUCUGCUUAUACAGCAAAGGAGCCUCUGAGAUCCUGCUCAAAAAGUGCUCAUUCAUCUUGGGCCGUGACGGUGAGGUCCGUGCUUUUAAGGCACGGGACAAAGAUGAGAUGGUGAAGAAAGUGAUUGAACCGAUGGCAUGUGAUGGCCUUCGUACAAUUUGCAUCGCUUACAGAGAGCUCCCAGCUGACCCCAUGCCAGACUGGGACAAUGAGACAGACAUUGUCUCUAACCUUAUCUGCAUCACAGUGGUCGGCAUUGAAGACCCUGUUCGACCUGAGGUCCCAGAUGCCAUCAAGAAGUGCCAACGAGCAGGCAUCACUGUGCGUAUGGUGACAGGUGACAACAUAAACACUGCACGUGCCAUCGCUGCCAAAUGUGGCAUCAUCCAUCCUGGUGAUGACUUCCUGUGUAUGGAAGGGAAGGACUUCAACAGGCGAAUCAGAAAUGAGAAAGGAGAGAUUGAGCAAGAACGCAUUGAUAAAAUUUGGCCCAAGCUCAGAGUUCUAGCUCGUUCCUCCCCUACAGACAAACACACAUUAGUCAAAGGUAUCAUAGACAGCACCAUUUUAGAACAAAGGCAGGUGGUUGCAGUCACCGGUGAUGGCACAAAUGACGGACCUGCUCUUAAGAAAGCUGAUGUGGGGUUUGCAAUGGGCAUUGCUGGUACAGAUGUGGCCAAGGAGGCCUCUGAUAUCAUCCUGACGGACGAUAACUUCUCCAGCAUAGUAAAGGCUGUGAUGUGGGGACGGAAUGUGUAUGACAGCAUCUCCAAGUUCUUACAGUUUCAGCUCACAGUGAAUGUGGUGGCUGUUAUAGUAGCCUUCACUGGUGCCUGCAUCACGCAGGAUUCACCCCUUAAGGCUGUGCAGAUGCUGUGGGUCAAUCUGAUCAUGGACACAUUUGCUUCUCUGGCUCUUGCCACAGAGCCGCCCACCGAAGCGUUGCUCCUGAGGAAGCCCUACGGCCGAAACAACCCCCUCAUAUCUAGAACUAUGAUGAAGAACAUCCUUGGCCAUGCAGUUUACCAGCUCGUCAUCAUCUUCACCCUGCUCUUUGUAGGUGAGAAGAUCUUUGACAUAGACAGUGGACGUAAUGCUCCACUUCACUCUCCUCCCUCCGAGCAUUACACCAUCAUCUUUAACACGUUUGUCCUCAUGCAACUCUUCAAUGAGAUCAAUGCCCGUAAGAUCCACGGAGAGAGGAACGUGUUUGAUGGAAUCUUUUCAAACCCUAUCUUCUGUUCAAUUGUGCUGGGGACCUUCGCAAUACAGAUUGUGAUUGUGCAGUUUGGUGGGAAACCUUUCAGCUGUUCCCCCUUAAAUGUGGAGCAGUGGCUUUGGUGCCUGUUUGUGGGAAUGGGAGAGCUGGUCUGGGGGCAGGUGAUAGCAUCAGUGCCAACACAUCAGCUGAAGUUUCUGAAAGAAGCGGGCCACGGGCCGGCUGCAGACGAGAUCAUGGAUGAGGAUCUAGCUGAGGAUGAGGAUGAGAUUGACUAUGCAGAGAGAGAGCUGAGGCGAGGACAGAUCCUGUGGUUCAGAGGACUCAACCGAAUUCAGACUCAGAUGGAGGUAGUGAGUACCUUCAAGAGAAGUGGUUCGUUUCAGGGUGCAGUGAGACGCCGCUCUUCAGUGCUCAGCCAACUCCAUGACGUAACCAAUAAUUCUACUCCCUCUCACGUAGUUCUCUCCACUGCCAAUGCAACUGGUGCCCCCGGGAGUGAGUCCUUACAUUCCGUUAACGGCACCUCGUAGAGCCCGUGCACUCAGAUGGCUAGCAUACACACCAACACACACACACACAGACACACACGUGCAUUGUUGCCUGCCUUCAAACGCAACUAGUCUGCUGAAUGUUGAGUGUGUGUGUGUGUGUGUGUGUGUGUGUGUGUGCGAGAGAGAGAGAGCAGAUUAUCAUUGGAGCAUCUGCUUCAUCUCUCUACAUGUGCUUUUUUAGUUUGUUUCGCUUAUUCGUUUGUGGCCUUUCUUUCUUUCCUCCUUCCUUGCUACCUCAUAACUUAUUUCUUGCUCUUGCUGUUUAAUUCUGGCUUGGUGCUGCCAAGAUGCGGCUGGUUUUCUUUUUUCUUGUUGCCUUUUUUUGAUUCUCCCGUUGCUUGAUUUAGCCAAUAAUUCACCCUCAAAUCAAUGUUGCCAUAAAGGGCUACCAGAAUUUCACUCGAAAGAGCCAAACAACAAUUGAACUGAAUUGAGAAACUAAAGUGGAGAUGUUUGAUCCGUUUGACAACAUGGGAACAAUGAAAGCAAAAGGUUGACUGUUGUAAACCUGCGAGUAUAAGCCCAUAAUGGUUUCGGCUGCCAUUUUCAUCUUAGGGUUAUUAGCAUUGAUAAUGCUAACAUUUUUCUAUCCCGUUCAGGACAAAAAGCAUACUUUCGGUGUGUUGUUUUUUUUUUGCUCUGUCUUUGUGCGUCUUGUUCAGAUUCUCCUUUCUCUCUUCACAGGUUUUGUGUUAUAACCUGCCACAUCUAAUGAAAAUAUCCUGCUAAUUGUUGCUGCUUGAGUUUCUACAUAAGAAAAGCUUUCUUACUGUCUGCUGCUAUCAUUUAUUGUCGCUAAACAACUGUAGUUUUGGAUAUGGUCUUCUUGAAAGUCAUUCUCACCGACAGCAAUUUGUUUAUGAGGGUUUAAUGCACCAAAUAUAACAUCAACAUUGCCCUCCAGGUACCAGAAGCAAUCUUUUCCGUGGUCUAAAGAAAACAGCUGCGUCUUAGCGUUUCCAAAUCCCUUCAAAGAGACCACCGAGCAUUAGCCCAGCUGGAAUGCCCCCCAGUUUCAUUAUCACUUCCCCUUCAGUGUUAAUCUUCAGUUCCUUUUAUUUAUGAACCUUUAAAAAUGAAGUGUAUUUUGUCCUUCUUUUUUUCAACAUAGGUUUUUAGUGGCUUAUCCUGUCCUGUCCUGUCAGUCUUGUCCAGUAUAUUGUUUUUUAUUGUUUUUAUUUUUUGUCUUUGUCCAUGUUUCAUCGUCUUAAGCAUUUUAUGCUGUUAUCUUAGAUUAAAUCCAACAGAGAAAGAAAUAGUCUCGUGAAAUAAUGUAGACAUGGCUUGGUGAUGUUGCACAAGAGGGCUGCUUCUCAAAAGCUUUUGUUGGACAAUCACGUCACAACAAAAGAACAUGACUUUGUGCUGUAGGUUUAGACCUCCAUUCUUCAGACGUCUGUCUUUUACCUCCUUUCUCUUGCCGUCUGUCAUGAGGAGUUCUGAUGUGAUGUGUUUGGAGCUAUUCAAACACAAUCCCUUUUCUGUUUUUCCAUCCAGUGCCUGAAUUACAAAAGACUAGCUGAUUCCUCACUGCAGUUAAUUCACAAUAUCCCCCCCCCCCUCUUUAAUAUCAUAACCAUUACAAAUUCUGGGCCUUAUACUCGAAAGUUUACAAAGUCAGUGCUGCGUAGCAACGACAACAGCUUUAAAUUAAAAAGCAGGAACCUCAAAACGAAUGGCUCUUUGGAAAAACAAAUCUGCAGAAGCGCUGUUGUGUCCAUGUUGUGAAGUCCCCUCCCUCUGUCAGUCACAUUGCUUUGUGGUCAUUCCCGAACGUGGUUUGGCUAUGCAUGUAGAAUGCAGAGAGUGGGAAAAAAAACCUUACGUCCGAUGAAUGUGAUCGGUCCGACAUGCAUGAUCACACACACAAACGAUUUUUCAAGAAGAUGCAUUUUCACCACGGCUGCUGUAUAAUCACACAUGACAAGAACGAGGAUGUCAGAAAAAGGAACAUGGACCGUUUUGAUGAAUGUUUUUACGGAUAUUUUUUUUUCUAUUGAAUGUGUACUUGCAUGCCAUGCAUGAACGGGAAGAGGAAACUUGAAUUAUUGUGCAUGGUUGCAUGGGAGACAAGUCCCAUUUAAUGUGUUCAUACUUUUGAGGGCGUAGAGAGUUUGGUUUUUGGUUUUUCUUUUUCUUUCCACAAAAACAAGGCAAUCAAGAUCUUCUAAAUGUCCUCGUUUUAGAAUGAGCUAAAAUAAUCAAAGAUACUUUGCUUUAUGUUUCAUUUAUUUAUUUUUUUCAUUGAUUCAUUGAAAGUGGAUUUUAAAAAGGCUUACAAAUCUACCCUAUAAAUGUAACAUAGAAAACUGAUGAUGUCAGAACAAUAAAUAAUGCUUACAGUAACUAAUGCAAUCUGUUUUUUCAAGACUGUUGAAUCUGUAUUACAGAAUUUGUCAACACCAACAGUAUGUGAAUACGCAUGUCUUUAUUUCCUGUAUGUUUUUGUGUUUGUGCGUUCUGUGCACAGCUGUGUAGUGUAAACCUCACUUUCUGUGUGUGUUUUCUAUGUGUGUACUGUGUACACUGCGUGUAUGUGUGUGUGUUUGUACCACAUAGUGGCGUGUGUGCCUUCAAAAUCAUUGUUUUCUUGGUGUUUCCUGUUGUUUGUUUGCAUGUGUUUUUUUUGUUUGUUUUCUUAGAGUGUUCCAUGAAUUUUAAUCACCUGGUAUUGAACUGGCAACAGUGAAAGUUGUAAUUCCGUUUUUGAACUUUGCAGACAUACAUGCCUUUUAUUAUUUUCUUUAUUUUUUAUGUUAUUUUUUUAUGCUCAAUAAUUUGACAUGCCUUUCUCCUCAUAAAACAUCAGAGGUUAAAAAAAAAGUCAAACUUUUUGAUCAUGAUCAUGAAUAAAGCUGAAAUUGUAUUAAAUGAAAGGCAGACAGGGGGCUAAGGCUGCUUUGACAGAUCAUAUUCACAAUAUUUAUGGUAUCCUUUCGUUUUAUUGGAACUAUUUGUGUUUGCCGUCUUGUGUAUCAUCUUGAGAUUUCCUUUUCCUCUUGUAAUUACAACUUAGGUUUCAGUGAUUGUUUUUGGGCGUCAUUCUAUAGAGGCCUAUAGAAUGGCUGUGGAGUUUUGUUUCUUUUCAAAGGCCUACUGCACCAAAGGCCUUAAUGGAUGUGAAACUUUCAGCUCUCGCAGCUCAGCUAGCUGAAAGUGUGCGAGUAGUGCAAAAGGGGGACUAAACUUCUCUCCACCUCUCUGUCCCUUUGAUCCCUCCAUUUUCUUCCCUUUGACAUCUCCUACCCCGCA